AUGGACUCAUCCGCCGAAGUCGUCAUCCGCACGACGUCUCCGGACGUCAAGGUGGACGCGAUGUGCGUCACGCGCACGGGCGAUGUCCUGUGCGUCGGGUCAAAGAUGGGCGGUCGCGUGUGGCACGGCGAAAUUCACCACGUGUCACCGCGCUCGGGCGUCGCGCGCGUCGCGACCGCCCGCGCGGGGCUCACCUCCGUCGCCAUCCUCGCCGACGGCACCGUCGUCGCCGGCAGCGACGCGGGUACGAUCGAGGCGUGGUCCCUCCUACCCGGUAACCUCCAGCCCAGGACGUUCCACCUCGCGGGCGGCGGCUCGCACGCCCACGACGCCGCGGUCACCGCGCUGGCGACGUGCGGCGGCGGCCCGGGGGGGGAGAUCCUGGUGUCCGCCGGCGGCGACGGCGCCAUCGUCGCGUGGGAACGACUCGACGAGACAAAUACUAUUCUCAAUAAUCUCAACAACGGCGAAUGGCGACACGCGUCCAAGGCGCGUCACGCGCACCUCGGACCGGUGCACGGCCUCGCCGCCUCCGCCGACGGCUCCAUGCUCGCGUCCGUCGGCGAGGACGGGUACGUCCGCGUGUGGAGCGCCCCGGUCGGUGCGCGCGGCUCCCUCGGGGACAACGACGCGUCAUCGCAAAAACACUCGAUGACGCCGCUGGCGGAGCGCGCGGGCGAGGACGUCCGCGCCGGUGUUGGCCGCGCGUUCUGCGUCGAGUGGUGCGAGAGCGUCGGCGCGAUCGCGGUGGGGUUCGAGAGCGGCGACGUGGCCUUUCUGGAAACGGAUGGAAUCCUUUCUGGAAUCCACCCGGAUGGCGGUGAAAACGGCGGCGCUGGCACGGCUGGCGGCGGCUCGGUCGCGCUGCGGACCCGCGGCGUCGUUCACGCGCACGCCGACGCCGUCCGAAGCCUCGCGUUUCACCCACCGUCGCGUCGUCUGGCGAGCUGCGGUGACGACGGGUUCGUUUGCGUCCACGUCGGGGAGCUUCCGGCGACGACGAGGUGGCGACCGCACGGCGGCGAAUACGCGAGGUCCGUGGUGUGGGGCGAGGACGGGUCAGCGCUGCGCAGCGGCGGGUGGGACGGGACGGUGAGGUCCGUGGAGGUGGGGAUCUGA